AGCCAGCAUCAAGCCAGCAUCAAGCCAGCCAAACAUCCCUGUCUUGAGCCCCACCAAACCUGAGCCAGCCACAUGCAGCAUCCAAGGUUGAUCGAAACCUCUCUGCUGCACUACAAUCAUUUCAUUACUCUGAUCCCCAUUCAAGCUUGCUCACCUUACAACCCUCAUAAAGCCUCGAAGCUAGCACAUCAGCCAAUUCUCUAGCUCACCGUCACCAUGCUGCUUCUAGACUACCAAAAUGUAUUAAUAGAGUCUAUACUCAAGGAGAGGUUCUUUGGGGCCCCUCCCGCCUCCAUCGAUCAGACCGUCUCCGACUUCGACGGAGUUAUCUUCCAUAUAUCUACACCCGAAGCGAAAACUAGGAUUCUGGUAUCCAUUCAGAUCCGAUGCUAUAACGAUCUCGUCAAGUAUGGAGCCGAGCAAGUCCUCCAGCGCGAGUACGGUCAAUAUGUUGUAGCACCAGAAAUCGGUUAUAACUUCUCGGUCCAGGUCGACCUAGAUAACCUACCAGAGGAGAAAGAGGCACGAGAGGAGCUGGUCCAGAAAAUCUCCCUGCUGAAGCGCAACGCCAUGGCUGCACCCUUUGAGCACGCUUACACCGAAUACUACAAAUUGAAGGAAGCUGCUUCCAAAUAUACCUCCGAAGAGGCGCCCCAGGGUGUUAGUGAAGGCGGUGAAAUUAUGGCCAUCCACUAUCGUGAUGAGGAGGCCAUUUACGUCAAGGCGAGCCACGAUCGUGUGACCAUCAUCUUCAGUACCAUCUUCCGAGAAGAAACAGACAGGGUAUUCGGAAAGAUCUUCAUCCAAGAGUUCGUUGAUGCCCGAAGGAGAGCAAUUCAGAAUGCCCCCCAGGUUCUGUUCCGAAACGACCCCCCCUUGGAACUACUGGGAGUUCCUGGAGUGCAGGCCACCGACAACGGCGAGGUUGGAUAUGUCACAUUUGUUCUUUUCCCGCGGCACCUAACACCUCAGCGAAUGCCCGAUUGUAUCUCUCACAUUCAGACCUUCCGAGAUUACUUCCACUACCACAUUAAGGCGUCCAAGGCGUAUAUUCACUCCCGUAUGAGAAGGCGAACAGCAGACUUCCUUCAAGUACUCCGAAGAGCCAGGCCAGAGAACGAGGAGAAGGAGAGGAAGACAGCAAGCGGAAGAACAUUCAAGGUUCAAUCUUAGGAAAAGUGAGAUACAUAUAGUAGCGAUGCGUGAGCUCAUACAUACCCCUGUGCACGCAACAACUAACGAAGAAUGCGACAACGAAUUGACAAAAAUGAAAAUGUCACCAAAACUUUGUUCUUUCCUUGUCUGUUGGCAUAAAGUACCAAGCUACCUUGCCUACCUAGGUACUACAUAUGUAGAUUUACAAGCCUGCAGUUUUGAAAUGGGACAAUGCCAGUAUAGAGCCCUGUAGCGUGAUUGAUGAUGCUUCGCAUUUGCAGUAGAGAGUUCAAUGUUAUAUCCAGCGACCUAGCUAUACACACACUCAGAGAGAGAGAGAGAGAGCCAUGUUAACAAGUCUAUUUUGGAAAAGGG